AUGAGUAUUUUUUUUGCGCAAAAUUCAUUUCCGUUGAGCCAGGGGAGCAACUUUAAAGAAUCACCGCGACUACGCUUUACGGCAGUACCUCGACUGGAGCAGACCUGGCCAACUGAUCGGUAUUUAACCCACCAAAAUGCUCUCUCCUUCACCCCCCACAUAACCGAGUCAGCAAGCAGCAGCUCCUUGAUCACGCUCCACUGCCAGCCCAUCACUUCUGCUCAAGUACCCGUGUUCAAGCCUUGUCACAACCAAUCCAUCAUGAAGUGCUUCGUCUUCGCUGUAACCCUGUGCGCAACUGUGAUGGUGGCUGCCUCCGUGAAACCUGUCAAAGUCGAUGUUGGCCACCCAGUCACCCCUGGUAGUGAUGCUCCUCUUGAGGUUACAUGUCCAAGAUGUGGCGCUGAAGGGCACUCUUGGAGAACAUGCCCAUGGUAA